GUUUUCUUAUAAAUUAUAAAGAACAGUAAAAAAAAACAAGAUAUUUAUGUAUAUCUUCAAUUGUUAUGUGUGUAAAACUGCAGUUUCUGUUUAAUAUAAUGGCUUGAAUUGUUUUGCAUGGACAAUUUGAAAUAAAAAUAAUAGCAUUUUUAAAAUAUUUAUUCCAGAUUCAAGACAGUACUAUGUAUAAAUAUAUAAAAAGAGAAUUUGUUUCUAUUUCAAGUAAACGUUAUAAGACACAGGACUUUAAAGGCAUUUCUAGAAAAAUGUCUAAAGCUUUAAAUACACAUUUUGAUAUAGAAAACUCAACAGAAUCUUGUUAUUUAAAUAAUGGCAUGCGUCUUAUAUGUGAACAUAAAAAAUCUUUCACUACCACCAUAGGAUGUUUCAUUCCAGCUGGUGCAAUGUAUGAAACACUGGAAGAACGUGGUAGUGCUAUAUUUCUAGAACAUUUAUUUUUCAGAAGGACAAAAUGCAGUAACAAAGAAGAAAUAGAAUGCAUGAUAGAAGAAAUUGGUGGAAAAGUUACAGCUCUUGCUAUGAGAGAUAUAUUUCUUUUUUAUGGAACAGUGCUUUCAUGUAAAAUAGACAAACUCAUUCAGUUAUUUGCGAAUGUAAUUUUGAAUGGAGUAAUAUGUGAUAAAGAUGUUACACAAGAAAAAAUUGUAAUUUUAGAAAAACUUUCUGAAAUGGAAUCAGAUAGAGAAAAAAUUAUAAUGGAUUAUUUACCAACUAUUGCAUAUCAGGAUACUGCUCUUGGUAUUAGUGUAUACCCUGCAACUAACAUAGUAAGAAAAUUUUCUACAAAAAAUUUAAUUAAUUUUCGUAAUCGUUUAUUUCAAACAUGUAAUAUGACGAUGGUCUGCACUGGAUCUAUUUAUCUAAAAGAAUUACAAAGAAUUGUUUGUAAACAUUUUGGAUGUAAUAUUGAGGAUUAUAAAUCAUCAUUUGGAGUUUCUAACAAACAACGAUUUUGUAAAGAUCCAAUUGAAUAUCGGUUCACAGCUGCUGAAAUGCGAUUAAGAGAUGAUGAUAAUGAAAUGGGAUAUGCAGCAAUAGGAUUUGAAGGAUCAAGUUAUAGAGAACGUGAAGAUUGCACUGCCCUUACUGUAGCUAAAGAAAUUGUAGGUUCUUGGGACAAGUCAGAUGGUGGAGCAAAUCAUAAUGCACCAUUUAUUGCCCACUAUGCAUACAAUACAGACUUAUGUUAUAUGUAUAAAUCCUUUUUUCAUCAUUGGGCACAGAGUACUAGUAUUUGGGGCUGUUAUUUCGUUUGUGACUAUUCAACUCUUUUGUAUAUGGUUCGUGCAUUACAAAAAGAGUGGAUGAAAUUAUGCACAACGAUAACCCAGAAAGAAGUAUCUAGAGCUAUUCAUCAAUGCAUUACAAAAGAUUUACUAAUACUAAAUGAUCCAGUAAAUCGUUUCUUUGACAUUGUUGAAAAUGUGUAUAGACAUGGAUGUUAUGAACCUGUUGAACAUAGGGUUGUGGAAUACGAGAAAGUAACAGCAGAUAAGAUAAGGGAAGUUUCUCAUAAAUACAUCUAUGAUCAGAGCCCAGUUGUUUUAGCUCUUGGCCGUAUUGAAGGUUUUCCCGACUAUACUCAUGUAAAAAAUGGUUUGUAUUUACUACGAUAUUAAGUGAUAAAGUAAUAUACUAAUUAUCCUUUGAAAAAAUAUUUAUAAUUUAUAAGUAUUUUGUACCAUGUAAGUUUCUGGUGACUCAAGCUAGAUUUUCCAUUUUCGCUAGAAAUAAAACCAAAAUCACGAAAUACAAUUAUGAUGUAUAUUUUCAAUAAUAAUUUUUGUAAUUUUGUAACUAUUUAAGAAAUAUAAUAAAAUUAAUGCACAUGCACAUGAA